AUGGCUAGCUUCUUUUCUUAUCUGCGCUCACUGUUUACUGGUGGGUGUGACGAUGCGAGCCGGGAUCUCGUCAGUCGUAUCGUCGAGGCACAUACUACCUUGGUCAACUUAGACAGCCUGCAGCCCGGUGAGAUAACCAACAAGACCCUUGGAGGCCUUGUAUCUCUAUGCUGCGAGUCACAUGAUUCUAGUACUAUCAACAAGGUCCUAACCCAUCCCCGCAUCCAGUCCAUCCUACCCUCUCUCCGGCACAUAUCCUCUGCGUCUGAGUGCUGUCUAGAGUCGUACUGGGCCGACCAGAUCGUGUCCCGGUCCCGGUCCUCCACGGAGGCCCUGUCCCUGCUCAAGUCCUUUCCCUACUUCCAGAACUAUGUCGACCUGGCGCGCCUCGAGCUCCACGCGCUGUACGCCGUCGAGCCUGCGCCGGUCAGCCGCAUCGCCUUUGUGGGCUCGGGCCCGCUGCCCCUGACGUCCAUGUGUCUGCUGCGCAGUCUCCGCGACGGCGGCGACGACGACAACGUGGUGGAGGAAGAGGAGAAGAAGGAGAGACCGACGGUGAUGAACAUCGACCACAACGCGACAGCGCUGUCCGCGUCGACGGUACUGUGCGAGAAGCUGGGCUCCUGGAGCGCGGGGAUGGCGUUCCGGUGCUCGGAUGCGAACUCGGACCAGGACCUGAGCUCGUUCGACGUCGUCUUCCUCGCCGCGCUCGUGGGCGUCACGCAGCGGGACAAGGAGGAGAUCGUCAUCAGCGUAGCCAGACGGAUGAGGAAGGGCGCCCUCAUGGUGGUUCGGAGUGCGUAUGGUCUGAAGACUGUGCUAUAUCCGGAGGUUGAAUUGUCGAGUAGGAGGAUAUGCAAAGUCUUGCAAGUAGAGACUGUCACACACCCUUACGGAAAUGUUGUGAACUCGGUUAUUGUAGCUAGGGUAAAGGGGCUUGCGCUACCAACAUAG